AUGGCGGCUCCAACCUUCAGUUCGGUCACGAUCAUCUCCUCCCCUUAUCACGUCGGCCAGCGCGACGUCGGCCCGGGACAGGGACCGACCUUUCUGCUUGCCCAUGGCCUCGCCAGCGCUCUUUCAGACCUCAAUGUUACUGUCCACGAGCUCGAGCUCCCCAGUAUUUCCUCCCCUAGCGAAUACCAGGGCGAAAUCGGCGCGAGCUUCGAGAUACUCCGCCGGACAUCGGAGGCAGUCAAGCGGGCGCGCAGCACGGGGUCGUUUCCCAUUGUCCUGGCGGGGAAUUGUACCGCCGCGGUAGGCGUGGCGGCCGGGCUGCAUGCUGCGUCUGCCGCCAAGUCAGAAUCCGGGCAGGUGUUGUUCAACGGUGAACUGGGUUGCGUCUGGUUCGAUGCCCAUGACGACUUCAACACGCCCGACUCGGUCGUCAGCGGGUAUUUCGACUCGAUGGCUAUUGCGAUGCUUGCCGGCUUGUGCUGGAAGGCGCUGCUGGCGACGGUGGAAGGGUUCAGACCGAUGGAUCUGCGAAAGAAGCUUGUGCAUGUUGGAAUGCGGGACGUGACCGAGAUGGAACGGGCGAGGGUAGUGGACGCCGGGUUUGAUGUGGUCUGGGGCGGCCAGGGUCAGGAAGGGAAGGGAGUUGAUUUUGCGGGCCAACUAGGGCAGGUGCUGGAGAGCAAGAGGCUGGGGCCGACGAUGGUGCAUCUCGAUGUUGACUGCCUGGAUGUCUCCUUGGGCAAGCCGAACCAGUUUGCGUGUCCUGGAGGGCUCUUGGACCAUGAUCUCUAUGCCUGCCUUGAGGGGACCGUCAGCCUGUCGGAGCCCCAGUCCCUGACGGUGGCAUCCUUCGAUCCCUCGGUCUCGAGCGAUGAGGAGGCUGCUAAGCCAAUCGCGAAGAUUGGGAUCAAGGGUGUGAAGACAUUCGUUGCGGCACUGGUGUCGAAAGGAAUGCUGUCUAGGCCUUAG